GAUUAAUUCCCAAUUCCUCUCCCUCACAAAAAUGUCAGGUGAUUCAGCUCCGCCGCCGGCGAUGGAUGGCCUCACCCUCAGCGACGCCGUACCGGAGGCGGAGUUCUCGAAGCGCGUCCCGAUCAAGUCCAUCCUCGGCCGCCCCGACAAGGGCGCCGGGCUGAGCGGCCAGAAGGUCCGGAUCGGAGGAUGGGUGAAGACGGGCCGGGAGGCGGAGAAGGGCACGCUCGCCUUUCUGCAGGUGAACGACGGAUCCUCGCCGGAGAAUCUGCAGGUGCUCGUGAAAUCCGAUGUGUACAAGGUGAGCGACGUGGUGGCCACGGGGACGUGCGUCCACGUCGAGGGAGUGCUGCAGCGGCCGCCGGAGACGGCGACGCAGCAGAAGAUUGAGCUGCAGGUGAGCAGUGUUAUACGCGUGGGGACUGUUGAUGCGGCAAAGUAUCCGCUGCCGAAGUCGAAGGCGAGGCUUCCGCUUGAGCUGCUCAGGGAUCUUGUGCAUCUUCGCUCCAGGACCAACAUUAUAUCUGCAAUUGCCAGAAUUCGCAAUGAAUUGGCUUAUGCCACACACACAUUCUUCCAGAACCAUGGAUUUCUUUAUAUCCAUACACCUAUCAUCACGACCAGUGAUUGUGAGGGUGCAGGGGAAAUGUUUCAAGUUACAACGCUAAUUAACGAUGCCGAGAGAUUAGAGAAGGAACUCAAGGAGACCCCUCCUCCUUCAGAAGCCGACUUAAAGGCUGCUGAGCUUGCUGUUAAGGAGAAAGGUGAUGCUGUGGCUCAACUAAAGGCUGCUAAGGCAAGUAAAAGCGAAAUUGCUGCUGCUGUUUCUGAGCUGACAAAGGCUAAGGAGAACUUCUCAAAGCUUGAUGAAAGACGCAAGUUGGCAGAAAGAUUUAGGCUUCAUGGUGGCAUCCCCAAAAAAGAUGGAAAAAUUGAUUACACAGAAGACUUUUUCGCCCGACAAGCCUUUUUGACUGUCUCAGGGCAACUACAGGUUGAAACAUAUGCUUGUGCCCUCAGCAGUGUGUAUACCUUUGGGCCCACAUUUCGAGCAGAAAACUCCCACACAUCAAGGCAUCUUGCUGAAUUUUGGAUGGUGGAACCUGAAAUUGCGUUUGCUGAUAUACAGGAUGAUAUGAACUGUGCAGAGGCAUACGUGAGAUUCCUUUGUCAGUGGUUACUUGACAACUGCUAUGACGAUAUGGAGUUCAUGACCAAGCAUGUUGACAAAAGUGCUUUGGACCGGCUUAAAAUGGUUGCAGGAUCCAAGUUCGAAAAGAUUACUUACACUAAGGCUGUUGAAAUUCUUGAGGAAGCUGCUAAAGUGAAAAAAUUUGAGAACAAGGUCGAAUGGGGCAUUGAUUUAGCUUCUGAGCAUGAAAGGUACUUGACGGAGGAGAAAUUCAAAGCGCCUGUUAUUGUUUAUAACUACCCAAAAGAGAUCAAAGCAUUCUAUAUGAAGGUCAAUGAAGACAACAAGACUGUUGCUGCGAUGGAUGUCCUUGUACCCAAGGUGGGUGAACUUAUUGGUGGAAGCCAAAGAGAAGAGAACUAUGAGGUGCUGCGGCAAAGGAUAUUGGAUUUGGGUCUUCCACUGGAACCAUAUGAGUGGUAUCUUGACCUGCGAAAGUACGGGACAGUGGAACACAGUGGGUUCGGCCUUGGGUUUGAGCGGAUGAUUCUCUUUGCUACAGGUGUUGAAAACAUAAGAGAUGUAAUUCCUUUCCCCAGAUACCCAGGGAGAGCAGAUCUUUGAUCCCCCGUUCUUGACACGAACACGAAGUGUUGAGACCUUACCAGCACCUAUACACAACUUUGUUAUCAAGAUAGAGUUUCUUUAAAGUGUGAAAAUGUCCCUUUUGCUGUGUUCUUUUCUUUUCUAUUUUGAUAUACUGUUUAGAUAGUUCGUCUAGCGAAUUAAGACUUGAAACUUUCCAUAUUUCCAAAUUUUGAAAAAUCUUAUCUUGAAUUCACCUGAAAUGUUUGGCAUUGCUCUUGUUUAA